GCCCUGGUCUGAGUGCUCGUGGAGAUCCGAGAUGAAGCGCUUAACUCUUUUCGCUUUGGCCAUCACUUUCAUCGCGACCGUUUUUGCCGCAAAAUCCCCGUACCAGGCGGUUCUUCAGCACAGCAAAAUUCGUGGAAGAGCCCAUGGCCCAAAUGUUUGCGCUAUGCAGAAGAUGCAGGGAACGGAUAAGAAGUAUUUCACCAACUGCAAGCAAUGGUAUCACCGCAAAAUAUGCGGCAAACCAACGGUGAUCAGCUAUGAGUGUUGCCCCGGCUAUGAGAAGGUUAUUGGAGAAAAGGGAUGUCCAGCAGCUCUACCUCUGGUGAACAUCUACAAAACCCUGGGUGUGGUUGGAGCCACAACGACUAAGAUGUACUCCGAGAGAGCAAUGCUUCAAGAAGAGAUUGAAGGUCCUGGCAGCUUCACAUUCUUUGCUCCCAGCAAUGAGGCUUGGGCUGCACUUCCCACUGAAAUUCUGGAUGCCCUGGUGAGCAACGUCAACAUUGAGCUCCUCAACACUCUACACUACCAUAUGGUCAACAAACGGUUGACUUCAGAUGAUCUAAAGCAUGGCGCUGCCUUCACCUCCAUGUAUCAGGACUUUGAUGUUCAUAUCAACCACUAUUCCAACGGAAUUGUGACUGUCAACUGUGCAAGACUGGUGAAGACAGACCAGCAGGCCACCAAUGGAAUCGUACACGUUGUGGAUAGAGUAAUCACUGCCAUCACAAACAACAUCCAUUCUAUGAUUGACACAGAUGAUGAACUGGAGACUCUGCGGGAUGCCAUUGAAGCAGGAGGUCUUACCAGUUUGUUGGAGAAUCAGGGCUCUUACACAAUCUUUGCUCCGACCAAUGAAGCCUUCAAGAAGAUUCCUCCAGACACGCUGACCAGAAUUUUGGGAGACCCAGUUGCUCUUAAAGAUAUGCUGAAUUACCACAUUCUGAAAAACCUGCACUGCUCUGAGUCCAUUGUGUCUGGAUCACCUCUGGAGACCUUGCAGGGCACUGUCCUUGAGGUCGGUUGUGAUGGAAAUCAAAUGACCCUCAACGGCAAAGCCAUCAUCACAGAAAAAGAUAAACUUGGAACCAAUGGAGUCAUUCACUACAUCAGCGAACUCCUAAUUCCAGAUUCAGCCAAGACCCUACUGGAGCUUGCAGAAGGAUCAGUUGUUACCACAGCCUCAAAACUUUUAACCAACGCUGGUCUUAAUGAUCACCUCAUAGGCUCGGAGGCUGUGACACUGUUAGCCCCCCUGAAUGAUGCAUUUAAUGGCAAGAGCUUAACAAUGACACCUGACAUGAAGAAACUGAUGAGGAACCACAUUCUCAAGGGGAAGCUUUCCUCCAAAAGCCUUUACCACGGGCAAGAGUUGGAGACACUUGGUGGAUUGAAGCUUAGAGUGUUUGUGUACAGAAAUAACCUGUGCAUUGAAAAUUCCUGCAUUGCCGCCCAUGACAAAAAUGGCCGCUAUGCAACUAUGUUCACCGUUGAUAAGGUCCUGACGCCCCCAAUGGGAACCGUUAUGGACGUCCUAAAAGCAGAUGAUCGGUUUAGCACCCUGGUCGGCGCCAUUCAGAGAGCAGGCCUGACAGAGCUCCUGAACAAAAAAGGGACCUACACUUUCUUUGCCCCCACCAACGCUGCCUUCAGUGCAAUGCCCCAAGCUGACCUCAACAAACUCAUGAGAGAUCCCAAGGAAUUGGCCAACCUUCUGAAAUAUCACAUUGGGGAUGAGUUUCUGGUCAGCGGUGCAGUUACCUCACACACCAGACUGAAGCCUCUUGCAGGAGAUAAGCUGGAGUUAGGCACGCGUAACUCCACCAUGUACGUCAACAGACUGCCUGUUGUUGAGAGUGAUUUGAUGGCCACCAAUGGGGUUGUACAUGCCCUUGAUACAAUCGUAAAGCCACUGCCUCCCAAGGUUGCAAGUGACCAAGCUGACACGUCUGAGAUCAUACGGGCUCCUUCUCUUAAGGUUGGAUCCGAGGGUAUAAGAAGUGAAGAUCUCUUCCAAAAGAUUCGAAGAAGUAAGAGCAACAGAAUAAUGUCCCGUGUCCAGUAAAUGUGUGGAAUAGUCCAUUUUGAUCUUCUCCACUUUAAGAGGAUGCAAAUAUCAAGUUUUUAGUCUUAUUUUACGCAGUGGAGAGAUUGUUCAAAGACUGUAAAAAUCCAGUCAACAAAAAAACAAAGAGCUGAAAAUGGAUAGGAAUUAAGUCAAAAGCCAAAGACCCUUGGAUGGAAAGCAGUGUUUUUAAAUCUUUAUGACAUAUUCAUGACAGCAGUUAGCUAUGGCACUUCAUAUGUUUUGGAUAUUCGACUUAUGAAUUUCAUGCUAUAUUAUCUGGAUUAGGUGGUUGGUUCAUGUUAAUGGUUUUUGUUUAACAUCUUGUUGUCAUUUUGUAUUUCAUCAAGUUUUUUUUUUAUUAAUGAGUAUUUGAUAUGCCUGUAGAAUGUUUGCAUGGUUUGAGCUGGAAUGUCUUCCUAUAAUGUAAAUCCUGGUGAUAUGUAACCUCUGCAGAUUAUUUGUUGUAUACUUUACCAAAGAUAUUUUGUGAGGACCCAAAGGUCUCUUCUGCACAUUUCAUAAUAAAAUGAUCGUUUUGUAGCCACAUUUGUUUACAUAUACCUAGUCAAUGGCCUUGAAUGUAGUUUACUCAGUCUUGCUCUGGUGUUACAAACCAAUUUGUCUGUUCACUGAGCUGAUUUUAUAAUGUGGUGGAUUUUCAUAAUGUGGUUAUUAUUAUGUGUGCAAUUAAACGUCUCGUUCAGAUGAUAAUUUAAA